AUGACUGGACUAUCAGACACAUCAACUCCUGAGCCAUCUACCACUUUCACAUCAAAUACGGCAACUCCCAAGCAAACUACUAGUUUCACAUCACCUACAUUAUCUCUCAAUCAAACUUCCAGUUUUACAUCACAAUUGGUAACUCCAGAGUCAACAGCAAAUUUAACAUCAGACACAUCAACUCCUGAGCAAUCUACCACUUUCACAUCAAAUACAACAACUCCCAAGCAAACUACUAGUUUCACAUCACCUACAACAUUUCUCAAUCAAACUUCCAGUUUCACAUCACAAUUGGUAACUCUGGAGCCAAUUUCAAAUUCAUCAUUACACACAUCAACUCCUGAGCCAUCUACCACUUUCACAUCAAAUACGACAACUCCCACGCAAACUACUAGUUUCACAUCACCUACAUUAUCUCUCAAUGAAACUUCCAGUUUUACAUCACAAUUGGUAACUCCAGAGUCAACAGCAAAUUUAACAUCAGACACAUCAACUCCUGAGCAAUCUACCACUUUCACAUCAAAUACGACAACUCCCAAGCAAACUACUAGUUUCACAUCACCUACAACAUUUCUCAAUCAAACUUCCAGUUUCACAUCACAAUUGGUAACUCUGGAGCCAAUUUCAAAUUCAUCAUUACACACAUCAACUCCUGAGCCAUCUACCACUUUCACAUCAAAUACGACAACUCCCAAGCAAACUACUAGUUUCACAUCACUAACAACAUUUCUCAAUCAAACAUCCAGUUUUCCAUCACAAUUGGUAACUCCAGAGUCAAAAGCAAAUUUAACAUCAGUUCCAUCAACUCCUGAGCAAUCUACCACUUUCACAUCAAAUACGACAACUACCAAGGAAACUACUAGUUUCACAUCACCUACAUUAUCUCUCAAUCAAACUUUCAGUUUCACAUCACAAUUGGUAACUCCAGAGUCAAAAGCAAACUUAACAUCAGACACAUCAACUCCUGAACCAUCUACCACUUUCACAUCAAAUACGACAACUCACAAGCAAACUACUAGUUUCACAUUACUUACAACAUUUCUCAAUCAAACUUCCAGUUUCACAAAACAAUUGUUUCACAUCACAAUUGGUAACUCCAGAGUCAAAAGCAAACUUAACAUCAGACACAUCAACUCUUGA